ACUCUCCAUCCUUGUGAUAUUUGAUUCUUCAGACCAGGAAGAAUAAGAUGUGUCUGUAAUUCUCAUCUUGCGUAUUUUUCAGCUCAAGGUCAUUGUAUGUACCUAAUACUGCUUCAAUUUCUCUUGCAGAUAGCUCAUUCUGGAUAUGCUGCUGUUUUUUGCUUUGGGAUUGAUUGUACAUUUUGUGUUCUUCGCCUCGAUCUUUGACAUUUAUUUUACAUCUCCUUUGGUUCAUGGAAUGACUCCUCAGUUUACAGUGUUACCUCCUCCAGCAAAAAGAUUAGUAUUAUUUGUUGCUGAUGGCCUGAGAACAGAUUCUCUUUAUGAAUUAGAUGAAGAUGGAAAUUCUAGAGCACCUUUUAUUAGGAAUGUUAUAAUGCAUGAAGGCAGCUGGGGAAUAUCCCACACACGUGUGCCAACAGAGUCUCGGCCUGGCCAUGUAGCCCUAAUAGCUGGGUUUUAUGAGGAUGUCAGUGCAGUUGCCAAAGGAUGGAAAGAAAAUCCUGUAGAAUUUGACUCUCUUUUUAAUGAGAGCAAGUACACAUGGAGCUGGGGGAGUCCAGAUAUCUUGCCUAUGUUUGCCAAAGGUGCUAGUGGUGACCAUGUUUAUACAUAUAGUUAUGAUGCUCAAAGAGAGGAUUUUGGUGCCCAAGAUGCCACAAAACUGGAUACCUGGGUUUUUGAUAAAGUUAAGGACUUCUUUGAUGCUGCGAGGAGCAACCAGUCUUUGUUCUCAAAAGUAAAUGAAGAAAAAGUAGUUUUUUUCUUACAUUUAUUAGGAAUAGAUACAAAUGGACAUGCUCACCGACCAUCAUCAAGGGAAUAUAAGGACAAUAUUAAGAAAGUUGAUGAUGGAGUGAAGGAAAUUGUGUCACUAUUCAAGCAUUUUUAUGACAAUGAUGGAAAAACAGCGUUUAUCUUUACCUCUGAUCAUGGAAUGACAGACUGGGGUUCCCAUGGGGCCGGUCAUCCUUCAGAGACUUUAACUCCUUUAGUCACUUGGGGAGCUGGAAUCAAAGCUCCUCAGAAAGUUUCCGCUCAGCAAUUUGAUGACAAGUUUUUAAAAGAAUGGAGAUUGGAGAACUGGAAGAGGCGAGAUGUGAAUCAGGCUGAUAUUGCACCACUGAUGGCGUCCCUUAUUGGAGUUCCCUUUCCUCUUAAUUCAGUGGGAAUACUUCCUGUGGAUUAUCUUAACAACACUGGUCUCUUCAAAGCAGAGAGCAUGCUUACCAAUGCAGUACAGAUUCUUGAACAGUUCAAGGUGAAGAUGACUCAGAAAAAAGCAGCUACUUUACCAUUUUUGUUUACACCAUUUAAGUUGCUCUCUGAUUCUCAACAGCUGGACACUUUAAGGAAAGCAAGGUCUUAUAUAAAACAAGAAAAGUUUGAUGAAGCAAUCUCCCUCUGUGAGGAGCUGAUUGAUCUCGCGUUGAAAGGACUGUCCUAUUAUCACACUUACGACAGAUUCUUUUUGGGCAUCAGUGUUGCAGUUGGUUUUGUGGGAUGGACGUCUUAUGCUUCUUUGUUAAUCCUCAAGUCUCAUUCUGAUCUCACAAGAAGUGCUAGGAAGGAAGUUAAGAAACCACACCAUCUCUUGUCAUGUAGCUUUGUAGCUAUUGGUGUCUUAGUGGUGUGCUUCCUGAUGAUCCAAGCCUGUCCCUGGACUUACUAUGUGUAUUGCUUGCUGCCAGUGCCAAUAUGGUAUGCAGUUCUAAGAGAAUAUCAAGUUAUUCAAGACCUGGUUUCAUCACUGUUGACUUUUCCUCUGAGCCAUUUUGUUACCUACUUGCUUGUGUUCGUCUUGGGAAUUGAAGUAUUGGUGUUGAGUUUCUUCUACCGCUACAUGCUGACAGCAGGACUGAUUGUGUUUGCCGGUUGGCCGUUUCUUACCCAGCUGUGGACCCGAGCAAAGAUCACCUGCCUGAGUUGGGCUCUCUUCUCUUUGCUUCUGGCAGUGUUUCCACUGAUGCCUGUUGUGGGUAGAAAGCCAGACCUCUCUCUAGUAAUUGGUGCAGGCUUGCUGGUUCUUCUGCUGUCCCUGGCUAUUGUAACAACUCUCAUGAAAAGAAAAAUUACUUUGGUGAAGGAGGAGCUGUUGGUACUUCUGUUACAGAUGGUGAGUACAGCACUCUCUAUGUACAUUGUGUACAGCACACACCACAGUCUGUUAAAGAAAGAAGGCCUGCCUUUUAUGAAUCAGAUUGUGAGCUGGGCAACAUUAGCCUCUUCCUUGGUUGUGCCGCUCCUGAGUUCCACGACUCUCCUUCAGCGACUGUCCAGCAUACUUCUUUCUUUGAUGUCAACCUACUUGCUUCUAAGCACAGGGUAUGAAGCUCUCUUUCCAUUAGUGUUGUCCUGCUUGAUGUUUGUCUGGAUACACAUAGAACAAGAGACCCUGCAGCAGCCUGGUGUUUCCUGUAAACAGAAGCUCAGCAGCAUUCAGUUCACGUAUAACACUGAUAUAACUCAGUUACGACUGCUCAAUCUGGAUGACAUCCGUAGGGCCUUUUUCCUUGUUUUCUUUUUAGUGACUGCAUUUUUUGGAACUGGAAAUAUAGCUUCUAUUAACAGCUUUGACCUUGCCUCUGUGUAUUGCUUUCUGACUGUGUUUAGUCCUUUCAUGAUGGGAGCUCUCAUGAUGUGGAAGAUUUUAAUUCCUUUUGUUCUUGUGAUGUGUGCUUUUGAAGCAGUUCAGAUAACUACACAGCUGUCAUCAAGAGGGCUUUUCCUCAUUGUUCUUGUCAUAUCAGACAUCAUGGCUUUGCAUUUUUUCUUCUUGAUCAAGGAUUCUGGUAGCUGGCUUGAUAUUGGAACCAGCAUCAGCCACUAUGUGAUUGUCAUGUCCAUGACCAUCUUUCUGGUAUUUCUUAAUGGCCUGGUACAACUGCUCACAACAAAGAAACUCCAACUGUGUGGCAAACCCAAAAGGCAUCUCCUGUGAUGUUGGUAAAGCCAUCAGUGAGCGUCUGCAUCUUGAUUCUCCUUAAAGAAAAAUCCCACCAACGAUUCAAGAAAAUGGAUAUUGGACCAGAGAGAUGGCUCAGCGGGUAAAGUGUUUGUUGCACACGGCUGACAACUUGAAUUUGAUCCCUGGAAUCCAUGGUGGAAGGAGAAAACAGACUCCCAGAAGUUAUCCUUUGGCCUCCAUGUGCACACCACAUGCAAGACAGCACUGUGUUUAUAAAAGAAGAUGGAUGCUAAUAUGUAUUCUCCUUUAGAGAAUGUUUCAUCUGGAAUUCUGGAUUUACAGGUGGUCUGACAUAAUGGAGCUUCUUUUUUCUUUCAGUUAAUACAUAGAAUAACAGGUUUCUUUAUGACAUUUCCAAGGAGCUUCUUUUCUCUUUAGGUUUUGCCGGCUUGAAAUAGUGAUUGUGUCUUAGAACAGAGUGAAGCAUCCUUCGUUUUCAUUUGUUUUUAUUUUAUCUCGCAGCUUUUUUCCAGUAAUAUUUGAGAGCACCUGCCACCCUUUGAUCCCAUGGUGCAGCUUCAUGGACACCCAGAGGAGCUCGUGCCCCUGUAGGGACAGUCCUGACACUGUGGAGGCACUGAGUGGAACCACCAGUUCCAACAUAAACAUCUGUCAGCCCCAGCACUGGGGCUGCGUUUGUAGUAGCUCUGACCUCUUGAGCCUGUGAUGAGUAAGACAGGUGGGGCCGCAAUCUGAGAUUUACUGAAGCUCCGUGGAAAGCUCUCUGACCAGCUUUGCCAUUCCUGUGUCCUCAGUAUGUUGGCUUGUGCCUCUCUGCUGCUUCCAGGGUUCUCAUAACAGCCAGCUAGAAGAUGCAUCCUCCUUUGCCUUUUGUCCAUUUCUGGGUCAUCUUGGAAUUUCUGGGGACUCUGACUUUCUUGUUUGUUGUUUCAAUAUCAUUCCCAAAAUCAAAGGCUAUAGUUUCUUGACAGUAUCAUAAAGACACGAAUUAAAAUUGCUAUGCUUUUGGUCUUGAUAUUUUAACUAGACCAAAGGCCUACAGUGAUCUCACUAGAUUUAGCUUUCCCUUUGUAUAUUCCAAUGAAUGAGGUGAGAAUAGUUUUUAUUUGGGUUGUCCACACAGUGACCUAUAUAGUGUAGAGUUGCCUAUAGAGUGCUGUUAAGUGCUUGGCUCAGAUUUUGCUGGUGUGUAUCCCAUUUUAAAAAACAAUUGCUUUUGAUUUAAGUUAUGUUACUCCUAGUCUGCAUUAAUGACCAGAACGCUCAUUAUAAAUUACUAAGUUUUUCAAAUUGGCAGGUGAGCAAACACAAUCUAGAAGAGUAAGCUCAGCUGAGCAAAAAAUACUUUAAUUUCUACUUAUGAUAGUCAUAAUUUAUUUGUGAUAGUGCCUCCUGAUAUGGCAGUGAACACACUGGAGUGUAUUGAGAGAAAAGUGCUGGUCCUAAUCCAGGCCUCAGCAUUACUAUGGAACAGUCUAGGUGACAGUUAAGGAGCUGCUGCAGCAGUGCCAACCCUGGCAGAGCAAGACCUGCCUUCCUAGACCCUCAGGUAACUUCCAUCCCACUAUGUAAACACUUACACAAACCUUCUUCUACAGAGGAAUUAAUACAUUGUGUGUGUGCGCACAUGCAUGCACGUGUUGAUCCCCAAAGCUGUAGUUACAGGUUGUAAGAUACCUGACUUGGAUGCUGAGAACUGAACUCAGGUCCUUUGCAUGAAUAGUAUUUUUUUAAGUACUGAGAUAAUCUCUUCUAACUCCAGAAUUAAUAUUUUUAUAGCAGUAUUGUAAAAGGUGCUUCCUGUCUUAUGUUUCUGUUAUAUUUUAUUCUCUAAAGUACAUACUUAUCUCUGGGUUGGUAAGUUUAUAAAGGGCAAUGCUUCUGCAGCUACAGCUGUUUCUGCUGCAUUGUUAAAAUUGG